CAUACUCCUUUUCAUUCAACAAAUAUCUAAAUUCACAUUGGUUUCUCGAAUAAAAAGAAGAAAAAGAUAAAACUUCAGAAUAUCUAUCAUCAGAAAAAUGGCUGAUCAAAGUGGUGGCAAUACUUUCUCAAAUGGGAAUAUGGAGAAAGGGAGGGAUGCUCCAAAAAAUGUUCAAUUGGGCACACUUUCUUUUAGUCAAAUGCAUUCACUUAAUGCUAUUUGUGACACUUUCUUGCCAUCCAUUGAUGCUAAUUCUCUUCAUCAAGAGGAUAUGGAUAAUUCUGUCAUCAAAUUCCUUCACACUUCUGCCUCCAUGAAUGGAACUCCUCAACAUGUAGCAUGGAUGAUAAGUGAAAGAUUUCAACAUCCAACGCUAAAGUUGGGCAAAUUAGCUCUAUGGCUCCUAUCAACAAGGAUAGGAACUUUCAUACUUUGUGGUAAGGCAAGCUUGUCGAGCCAAUUCCCAUACUUGCAAAACUUCUCUAAGGUCUCACCAAAUAAGAGAGAAGAAAUAGUUCAAUCAUGGUCAUGCAGCAACUUCAAACUCAUCAAGGUUUUCUAUGUUGCCAUGAAAGUUCUAACUCUCUUUGUAUUCUUCACUCAGGUGAAUGACAAAAACCAGAACCCAUCAUGGAAAGCACUUGGCUACUGUGGACAAGAUCCAGAAUUCAAGAAGCAAGAACAAGAAAAAACGAACAAACAUGGAGAAUUUUCAGACAAAGAAGAAGAACAGCUAUAUGGACCACUUUACAAAGGGAUCAUUACUCUAAAACAACCACAAAAAUUCCUAUUCAACAAGCUCCAAAACCUAGGGUUUUCAGUCUCAAGACCAAAUCUAACAAAGAGAAGCUCAUCAUCAAGUUGUCCUUCUUUCAUCAUUGAAUGUGAUGCAGUGGUAGUUGGUUCGGGCUCUGGUGGUGGAGUUAUAGCUGGUGUUCUUGCAAAAGCUGGACACAAAGUUCUAGUCUUAGAAAAAGGAAGUUAUAUUGCUAGAACAAAUCUUUCCCUUCUUGAAGGUCCUUCGAUGGAUCAAAUGUACCUUGGAAAUGGACUAAUAAUAACCAAUGACAUGGAUUUUUUUCUCCUAGCGGGGUCCACGGUUGGUGGUGGCUCGACGAUAAAUUGGUCGGCUUCAAUUGACACUCCAUCACACGUUCUAAAAGAUUGGUGCAACAUCUAUGAACUGGAAAUGUUCCAAAGCGAAUCCUACAAGGAGGCAUUGAAAAUUGUUCGUGAGAAAAUGGGAGUUCAAAAUGAGGUUGAUGAGGAAGGUUUUCAAAACAUGAUUUUGAGAAAAGGGUGUGAAGAAUUAGGGUACCCUGUGGAAAAUAAACCAAGAAAUGCACCGUCAGAUCAUUAUUGUGGAUGGUGUAGCAUGGGAUGUAAAGAUGGCAGGAAAAAAGGCACAAAUGAGACAUGGCUAUUGGAUUUAGUGAAAUCAGGCAAUGGUGCAAUAAUUCAAGAAUGUGAAGCUCUACAAGUAAUCCAUGAACAACAAAAUUAUAACCCUAGAAGUAAAGCUCUUGGAGUGGCUUGUGAAUUUCAACAUGAAGGGGAAAAAGAAAUUUUCAUGGUGAAAUCCAAAGUCACAAUUGUAACUUGUGGUGCGCUAAGCACCCCUUCAUUGCUCAAGAGAAGUGGUUUAAGGAAUCCGAAUAUUGGCAAAAACUUACACAUCCAUCCGGUUGUUUUGGCGUGGGGACACUUUCCAGAUAAAGACACUGACAGCGUGAAAAAUUUAAUUAAAGUAUGGCCAGAGGCAGAGAAGAAGAGUUACGAAGGAGGAAUAAUGUCCGCAAUGUCUAAAGUCGUCGCGAAUUUCGAGGAAUCGGGCUACGGUGCGGUGAUACAAACACAAACAUUGCACCCUGGCAUGUUCUCAAUGGUAAUGCCAUGGAUUUCAGGCCUUGAUAUCAAGAUGAGAAUGUGCAAAUAUUCAAGAACUGCACAUAUAUUUGCUUUGGCAAGAGAUAAGGGCUCAGGAGAAGCACUUUCACCAUAUUCAGGAACUUACAAGAUGGAUAAAAUUGAUGAGGAAAAUCUAAAGGUCGGUCUAGAGAAGCUGUUAAGAAUCUUGGCAGCUGCUGGAGCAGAAGAAAUUGGAACUCACCAUGGAACAGGAAGGAAAUUGAAGGUGAAAGAAGCAAAUUUUGAUGAAUUUGAGAGUUUUGUGAAAGAAGAAAGUUCAAGAGAAUUUAAAAAUCUCUCACUACCUAUAUGUUCAGCACAUCAAAUGGGAAGUUGUAGAAUGGGAGUGGAUUCAAAAAUAUCAGUUGUUAACCCUAAAGGAGAGACAUGGAAAGUAGAUGAUUUGUUUAUUGGUGAUACAAGUGUUUUUCCAACUGCACUUGGUGUGAAUCCAAUGGUAACUGUUCAGGCAAUUUCUUAUUGCACUGCACAAAAUGUGCUUCAAGUUCUUCAGAACAAGAAGGAAUUAUUGCUAAUGGAUUAAGGAUGAAUUGGGAU